AUAAUUCCAGACUAAGAAAUUUUCAUGGUGACAAUAAUCAAUAAUGAUUAUGGUGGCGGCCCAAAAAGGGUAGAAAGGUAAAAAAGGGAAGGCAUUAAUGCACAUCAUUGACAACCAAACAGAAAACAGGCCAGAUUCUUGUUCAUAUGGAUUAGAGACGAAAGGUUUUCUCGUUGAGAGCCAAAUCUCUCUGAAUACUUCCUUUCUGCGCUCCUUCGUACGUAUAAAUUUACCAUUUUUUUGUCUUCCAAGAUAAUUACCAGUUCUAAGUACUAGAUUUCUUGUCCCGUGAAUAUUUAGAAUCACAGCCCUGAAACUUAUCAGAAUCUGAAGACCACGUACCACCUAUACCUCCAUUCACGCCCAAAAGUUCCUUUUUGUGCUGCUUUAGUCCUUUCCUUUUCCCUUACCGACCGAACCAUACGCGUCAAAUUGAAGAUGGAAGUGCAAAAUUCCAAACAUGGUCAUAUAAUUGAAGUAUGUGGAGAUGUGCCGGCUGUGGGGACGAGUCUGGGUGGGAGGAGGAUCUGUGGGGAAGCUGCAUGUGGAUUUUCAGAUGCUAAAACUAGUUCCAAAGAUGCCAAUGAACGGUCAGCGUCCAUGCGAAAACUUUUGAUCGCUGUUAUACUCUGUGUCAUCUUCAUGAGUGUGGAAGUUGUUGGAGGUAUCAAAGCCAACAGUCUUGCAAUCUUGACUGAUGCAGCUCAUCUGUUGUCUGAUGUUGCUGCAUUUGCAAUAUCGCUAUUCUCACUUUGGGCAUCAGGAUGGGAGGCAACUCCACAUCAAUCGUACGGUUUCUUCCGAAUUGAAAUAUUAGGUGCUCUUGUUUCCAUUCAGAUGAUAUGGCUUCUUGCUGGGAUCCUUGUUUAUGAAGCCAUUGCUAGAAUUAUUAAUGAUACUGGUGAGGUUCAGGGCUUUCUUAUGUUUGUCGUUGCUGCAUUUGGUUUAGUGGUUAAUAUAGCCAUGGCUCUCUUGUUGGGACAUGAUCAUGGACAUGGUGGGCAUGGUCAUGGCCAUGGUGAUCAUGGUCAUAGCCAUGGGGGUCAUGAUGAAAUGCAUAACCAUGGGAUAACUAUUACCACACAUCAUCUUCCUCAUCAUCAUCAUCAUGAGGCCAAACAUGAUGAUGAGCACUAUCAUGCCCACGAAGCAGAUCACACUGAGCCUCUGCUGAAGACAUGUAGUGAAGGUGAAAUGAAGUCCAUUGAUGCAGCUAAACAGAAGAAGCAACGGAACAUAAAUGUACAGGGUGCUUAUCUUCAUGUACUUGGGGAUUCCAUUCAAAGUGUUGGGGUUAUGAUCGGUGGGGCAAUUAUUUGGUAUAAGCCGGAGUGGAAGAUUAUUGAUCUGAUAUGCACCCUCGCAUUUUCUGCAAUCGUGCUGGGGACAACAAUUAGGAUGCUAAGGAAUAUUUUGGAGGUUUUGAUGGAGAGCACACCGAGAGAAAUUGAUGCCACAAAGCUUGAAAAAGGACUCUGUGAGAUGCAUGAGGUAGUUGCUAUCCAUGAGCUGCACAUUUGGGCCAUAACCGUGGGGAAGGUCUUAUUGGCUUGCCAUGUUAUAAUCAAGCGCGAGGCUGAUGCUGACAUGGUACUGAACAAGGUUAUAGACUACAUUAGAAGAGAGUACAACAUCAGUCACGUGACUAUUCAGAUAGAGCGGCAGUAGAUCCAGAGAGAGCAAUUGCUGAUUUGUUGGGUGUUGCAAUUGGGUGGAUUUGAAUGUGGUAAUUGGGUGGGUUUGUGUGUUUUGACUUAUUUUCCAUAUGCAUGAUCAUGUCUCCUAGAUCUCUGGCUGGUCCUUUUUAGUAUAUGCAUGCAUUUUAAUCAGGAAAAUUCUUAGUGUAGUUCUUCA